CCCCAGAUUUUGAGUAAGGUUAGGUUGUUUCAAUUUCUUUGAGCCUGAGAAGAAACAGAGAAGCACCAUUUCUGCUUCAAGACACAUGUGAAGAGGUGUAGAUUCAGAUGCUCUCAACGUCCUUGCCACCUGGUCCAGAUGGAGUCCUCAGGCAUCACAGAAUUCACCACCGCCUUUGAUUAUGAGUUCACAAGCUUUCUGUGUGAGAGCGAGACCUUUGUCUUUGCCACCCGCAUCACCACCAUCCUAUACUGCCUGGUGUUUCUCCUUAGUCUUGUGGGCAAUGGCCUGGUGUUGUGGAUCUUGAUGAAGUAUGAGAGCCUGGAGUCUCUCACCAAUGUCUUUAUCCUCAACCUGUGCCUCUCAGACCUGAUUUUCUCUUCCCUACUGCCUGUGUGGCUCUCGGCAUACUACUGGAAGUGGGUGCUGGGAGAAUUCCUCUGUAAGCUUCUCAAUUUGUUCUUCUCUGUCAGCCUCUACAGCAGCAUCAUCUUCCUGACCAUCAUGACCAUCUACCGCUACCUGUCUGUGGUGAGCCCCCUGUCAACCCUGCGCGUCCACACGCUUCGCUGUCGUGUGUGGGCGACUAUAGCCAUAUGGGCAGCCAGCAUCCUGUCUUCCAUUCCCGAUGCCAUCUCCCAUGAGGUGAUCUCUGGGCAGUGUGAAUAUUCAGAACCCAGAUGGUUCCUAGCCUCAGUCUACCAGCACAACAUCUUCUUUCUGCUCUCCUUGGGGAUUAUCCUGUUCUGCUACGUGGAGAUUCUCAGAACCCUGUUGCGCUCACGAUCCAAACGGCACCACAGGACGGUCAGGCUAAUUUUCACCAUCGUGGUGGCAUACUUCCUCAGCUGGGCUCCAUACAACUUGGUUUUGUUUCUGAAGACACUGCAGCAACUUAGGAUCAUUCAGAGCUGUGAGGUCAUCCAGCAGCUGGAGUAUGCUGUGCAAGUCUGCAACAAGGUUGCCUUCUCCCACUGCUGCUUCAACCCUGUGCUUUAUGUCUUCGUCGGGGUCAAGUUCCGCAGACACCUCAAGAGUCUACUCCGGCAGUUCUGGCUCUGCAAGCAGCAGGUGCCCAGCCCUAUCCCUACCCCACACUCCCCAGGGGCCUUCAACUAUGAGGGUGCCUCCUUCUAUUGAAGGGGAGUUUGGUGGUAGACGAGGUGGACAGUGGAGCUGGAGUGGGAGUAAGGAGAAGUGAGGCAGGAAGGAAUACUGCAGAAGGGCACAACAGUGGGGAUGCUGGCACUGCAGGAGUAGGGGUGAAAGAAAUACAUUAUACAAGUGAGUCCUACAUAUCCCCUCAUCUGGGGAAAAGUGGCUUUCCAGCUGGGAAUUUUAUAUGGCUAUUCAGAAAAACAUUUCUUGGAUUCUGAGUUCAUCAUUCAUUCAUUCAUUUAUUCAUUCACUUAGACAAGGAUUUCUUAUCAUCGGUUGGUUCAGAAGGUACUAAAACAUAGAAGGAUUCCCAGAAAGGGGCAUCCUUCAAGACUUUAUGAAGGGCUAAAGCUCAGUGUGUGUAAUAAUUAUACCGAUGCAAGUUGCUGGCAAGAUGGUCUCUCCCCUCCCUGACUGAAGGGUUGUCCCAGCUGAUUAGCUCACUGUGGAGGUGGUUGGCUCUGUAUUCUUCAGUGACUGCUGAACGAGACUGUCUGCAGAACAAAAGUCACCACACCCUCCAAGAGCCACAGUCACAACAAAAUCUGGAUCCUAAAAACCCUCCACUAGAUUGGAGACAUGUUCUGUAUGGUAGCUCCAGUUCCUGACACAUGAAUGUUUAUUCAGUAAAUAUUUUAUUGAGGGAAUGAAUAUAAUAAGUGCUACCCUCUGCACUAAGCAUUUAUUUGUGGGAUACAAAGAUUAGUGAGAUGAGCUGCCACCCUCAAGAUGCCAACAGUCCAACUUUGAAGGUCCAGAUAUGUAAAUACCCACCUUGGUGAAGUCUUGUUGGUUGAAGCGUCCUCCAAAACUUUGUCCUUUUAAGGUGGAUAUUGAGCUGACAUUUCAUAUUCACCACUUUCCGUUGAAAAUGUUCUUCUCUUAGGAUGUAGAACAAAAUUCUAACUCACAGAAAAGGACCAGAUUUACUGGCCUGACA